AUGAUCUUCCGGCGGCUGCUGGCGGCCCUGCUGCACAACCCGCAGCUGGUGGAGCGGCUGUCCGAGUCGUGGCCCAUCCGGCGGGCGGCUCAACUCACGGCCUUCGCGCUGCUGAAGCUGCAACUGCGCGGCCGCGACGCGGCCCGCCAACUGCGCGCCCUCGCGGAUCAGCCCCCGGGCUCACUGAGUCGCCGCGCCGCGCGCUUCAAGGACACUUUCACCCAGGAACUCCGCCGCGGCUUCCGGGACCGUCCAGGGCCGCCACCAGGUCAGCAGAAGGGCCCGAGCUCCAAUGCGUAAGCACGGACUGUACCCUCCCUUCAGUGAUCUACACCGACCGUUCAUUGAGUCAUCUCGGACACGAUACCCGACCUCGAAUCCUGACUCGGAUUGUUAUCGUGCAGAUGCCUAAGGUCAAAUGGACAUGUGCCUCGUAGUCCUGUGACUAGGCCAGACGUAAAGACCCGAAGCCCACCAAUGAUAAGAGUCUAGACCAGAACAUAGCACUACUGAAAGCCAUGGACAAACAGCCAGAAAGAAAGCCUGUUUUCUGCAAGCGGGACCGAAGCUGAAUAAAUGCCGCUGCAUCUGCAUUAGUGCAAGAGAAUACUGCAUCAGGGAAGAUAGUGGACGGAAUGACAACCCUGAGGUUGCCAAAAUCUGAUUAAAUGUGUAAGCUGAUUAAUAA